ACAUCAAUUGCUAUGUUCCAUAAGCUCUUAGUAUCUCGUGCACAUUGCUCUCCUCUUCGCUUGUUGCCCUCCAUCACCCGCACAAUGGCAACCGUUCGCUCCUCUCUCAGCCAUGAAGAACGCACAGCCCAAGAACCACGACAAGCACGUCUAGAACCCGUAACCGUAUCCCGCAUCGACACCAUCAACAAUACAAUCCGCUUAAUUCGACUGAGUGCUCUGAACUCCUCGCACACAUUAAAGUUCCUCCCAGGCCAAUGGCUAGAUGUUUUCAUCCCCUCUCUCCAAAAGGCAGGUGGUUUCACCAUAACCUCCACACCCUCAGACCAAGGAACACCCACUCCCCAACGAGCAGCCUACUUCGAACUCGCCAUCCAACAAUCCACAAAUCCACCUGCGCAAUGGCUCUGGAAACCCGAGUCUGAGGUUCUAAACCAACAAAUCAUCGUGCGCACGGGAGGAAGCUUUGUAUAUCCACCCCCAGGUAUCGAUGUCACUAGCAUAGAGCAAGUGGUCUUAGUGGCAGGAGGAGUGGGUAUUAAUCCUUUGAUCUCUAUUUUCGCGCAUUUGAUGAGUCUGCCGCAGAGGCCGAAGAAGGUGAGAUUUGUUUAUGGUAGCAAGGUGGAGGAAGGACCGAUCAAAGCUUCUCGUAUUCUGUUCUUGACGAGACUGAUGGAGUUGAUCAAGAAGCAAGGAGAUAGUGACGUUCAGCUGGAUCUGUUCCUCACAGCAACAUCGCAAAAGGAGAUCGAUGGUGCAACGGACUUGCCGGAGCAUGUCAGAUUGGGAAGAAUCGGAAAGGAUGACUUGGAUACUGCGAUUGGGGAGGAUCGUAACACCAGGCAAGUGACGUUGGCUUACAUCUGUGGUCCGCCGGCCAUGACCGAUCAGUUUGUCGAGUUUUUGAGCACAAGAGAUGGGAUGGACAGACGAAAGGUUUUGUGUGAGAAGUGGUGGUAG